UGUUAAUGAGAUAUUGGGUACAAUAACAAUAGACCACAACCGUUCACUAAGGGUUCUCAAUGGGUGGCUGAUCCUAGAUAUUCUUAAUUUCCGGAUGGUGAGCGAUUGGUGAGCGAUGCCAGUCAUCAUCCCCCCUAACCCCACCUUGCUGUUCUCGUCAUUAGGUUGCCUGCUAGUCUACCUCGAGGAAUAGACGGCAAGCCCGCCAGCCCGCCCCCCGUCCCCUCAAGAACACUCUCCUACCAUAAGAGCUGCUCCCCCUCCUUCCCCCAAAUAACGAGAGAGGGAAGGAUUACAAAUAGUCACCUGCUCACCAUCAAGUAAAAGAGGCCAAGUCACGACCCAGAGAGAAAAUGAACGUGCUCAAAUUACAGAGGAAGUUCCCGCAGUUUGAACAGUCAGACAUAUUCUCCCUUCAAGAUGCGUUUCGAAAGCUGGAUGUGGAUGACAAGGGCUAUCUAGACGAGGCCACUGCAAUCAAGGCCACGCAACAAUCAGAACGAAAGCCUUAUGAUGUUGUACGUCAGGCUUUGAAAGAGGUCGAUCUGGACAGUUCCCGCCGCGUCGAACUCGAGGACUACGUCGAUCUUAUCUCCAAAGUUCGCUUUGCUCCGGCACAGAUUCAAACUGGUGGCCAGGGUUCCGCUGCAGUACUCCCUGCCAACCUGGCCGGCCAGUCCCGCCAUGCCUCUAAGGGCAGUAUUGGUGGGAAAAUCCAUGUACAAGGCUCUUCCGCCAACGUGACGCAUACUAUAAACGAAGAUGAGAGGACCGAGUUUACCAGGCAUAUCAACGCCGUCCUUGCAGGUGAUCCAGAUAUCGGCCACUCUCUACCUUUUCCUACCGACACCUUUGAGAUGUUUGAUCAAUGCAAAGACGGUCUAGUGCUAGCAAAGCUCAUAAACGACAGCGUUCCUGACACAAUUGACGAGCGUGUCCUCAACAAACCGGGAAAGAGGACCAAGGAAUUGAACGCUUUCCAUAUGACCGAGAAUAACAACAUUGUGAUUAAUUCGGCCAAGGGAAUCGGGUGCUCUGUCGUCAACAUAGGAAGUGGGGAUAUUAUAGAAGUCCGUGAGCACCUCAUUCUAGGCCUCAUCUGGCAGAUCAUACGCCGAGGUCUGCUGGGAAAGAUUGACAUAAAACUCCAUCCCGAGCUUUACAGGCUGCUUGAAGAAGAUGAGACAUUAGAGCAAUUUCUACGACUCCCCCCAGAGCAAAUUCUGCUACGUUGGUUCAAUUACCACUUGAAGAAUGCAAAGUGGGAUAGAAGAGUCACGAAUUUCUCAACCGAUGUGAAAGAUGGAGAGAAUUACACCAUACUUCUCAAUCAGCUGGCACCCGAGACUUGCUCAAGAGAUCCGCUUCAUGUCGGAGACCUGGUCCAGCGCGCUGAACAGGUUUUGGCAAAUGCGGAUAAGCUGGACUGUCGAAAAUUCUUGACCCCUUCUUCCUUGGUUGCGGGGAACCCGAAGCUUAACCUCGCAUUCGUGGCAAACUUGUUUAACACAAUUCCUGGUCUUGAUCCGAUCACUGAAGAAGAGAAACUGGAAGUUGAAGACUUUGAUGCUGAAGGCGAACGAGAAGCCAGAGUUUUCACCCUUUGGUUGAAUUCUCUUGAUGUACAGCCAGCAGUCAAUUCGCUGUUCGACGAUCUCCGGGAUGGAACUAUCUUGCUCCAAGCGUAUGAUAAGGUAAUUUCUGGCAGUGUUAACUGGAAGCACGUGAACAAGCCCCCGGUUUCCGGCGGAGAAAUGAUGCGUUUCAAGGCAGUGGAGAACACCAACUAUGCAAUCGAGCUCGGGAAACACAUUGGCUUUUCCCUUGUAGGUGUACAGGGAGCUGACAUUACUGAUGGCCAACGGACUCUCACCUUGGGAUUAGUCUGGCAAUUGAUGCGGAAAGAUAUAACGAUUACCCUCUCUAGUCUAGCGCAACGCAUGGGCAAGCGGGAAAUGACGGAUGCGGAAAUGAUCAAAUGGGCAAAUGACAUGUCGCGAAGAGGAGGGAGAACCACAACAAUUCGAAAUUUCAAGGAUCCUUCUAUUGGCUCGGGCCUCUUCCUCCUUGAUGUGCUCAAUGGGAUGAAGAGCAGCUACGUGGAUUAUGAUCUCGUGACGCCGGGCCGGAACGACGAGGAGGCCUAUGCAAAUGCCAAGCUAAGUAUCAGCAUAGCACGGAAGCUUGGAGCGACGAUUUGGCUAGUACCCGAGGAUAUUUGCCAAGUUCGCUCUCGCUUGGUGACCACUUUCAUAGGUUCGCUCAUGGCUACAUACGAGAAAAUGCAAUAGUCUCCUUUCCAGUCCGCGGAUCAAGGACUUGCUCUAUGCCUUUAUCACACAUUGCAUUGAAAAUUCGAAAUUCUUUCUGACUUUGAUCUUACCGUGCUAUUAAGGUCUCGUAACAUGGGUUUGGGUGUAAAUCAGGUGGCAUGUUGGGAAUUCCUUAAAUUGUGUAUAGACCACUGUAGAUCCUCUUGUUCAGCUUCUGCC